AGUUGUUGCAAAGUCGUUUCCGGGGCGGUGUGAGGUGGAAGAGGACUCCGAAUGGGUCGCAGCCGCAGCCGCUCUCCGCGGAGGGAGCGUAGGAGAUCCCGGUCCACAUCCCGGGAGAGAGAACGCAGGCGCCGAGAAAGGUCCCGGUCCCGCGAGCGAGAUCGGAGAAGGAGCCGCUCUCGUUCCCCCCACAGAAGACGUUCCAGGUCUCCAAGGCGACAUAGAUCCACAUCUCCCUCCCCUUCUCGACUGAAAGAAAGAAGAGACGAAGAAAAGAAAGAAACAAAAGAAAUAAAGAGCAAAGAACGUCAGAUUACUGAGGAAGACUUAGAGGGCAAAACAGAGGAAGAAAUAGAAAUGAUGAAGUUAAUGGGAUUUGCCUCCUUUGACUCUACAAAAGGAAAAAAGGUGGAUGGCUCUGUAAAUGCCUAUGCCAUAAAUGUGUCUCAGAAGAGGAAGUAUAGGCAGUACAUGAAUCGAAAAGGUGGAUUUAACAGACCUUUGGAUUUCAUUGCAUGAGAAUUGGAAUGUUGGAGAAUGAUGUUUUCCCCUCAUCUUGAUCAGAGCUGUGGAUUUUGUAUUUUGUAUUUAAUGUGCAUCAAAAACAGGAUCACAGUCCUUCCUCCUUGUAAAGUAAGAAAAUUUUAUUUAUGAUGUGUGUAGUUCACUUACCCUGCCUCAAAAAAAGGUUAAAUAUUACAUUUUUUUCCUUUAGGAAAUAUCGUUUGGGGCAGUCAUCAAUCCCAUUUUUUUGUCCUUAUUCCUAUGGAAGCUGUAUAUGUUCUCUUCUUGGAUGCUCCUUAGGACUUUUUAAAACACAUGAAAGUAAUUUGGAAGUAAGUUUCUCAAAUAAAGCAAUAUUUCUA